ACACACACACACACAACCCCUACAGCGGAAGUAUUAUUUUUUUUCAGUUCUGUCUUCCCUCCCAUAGCAGCACAAUUACACCUUAUAGUUAGACAGUUGCAUCCGAAGGUGAUGUCUCUCCGUUCAGACCAGCGAGAAGAUGGAGAGAGCACCUCCGGCUCCUCAGAGGCUAAAACAGACCGUUAUGGAUUCCUACUUGUUAAUGGAGACUUGAAUAACGAUAGCAGUGAUGACCCCUGUCCCGAGUUGGUGAGACAUCGUGAAAUGAAAUGGAUAAACCUUAUGAGCCAGUGGGAUCAUGUUCUAGAGAAGAAGCACAGCAAGAUCAAAGCUAAGUGUCAGAAGGGCAUCCCAGCGUCUGUGAGGUCCAAGUGCUGGCCCCUGCUGUGUGGAGCAAAACAGAGGAAAGAGAAUAACAAAGAUCUCUACAAAGUUCUGGAGUCAUCCCCGGGUCAGCAAAGUUGGAUUGAUGUCAUCAAGAGAGAUACAGACAGACAGUUUCCCUUCCAUGAGAUGUUUCAAACCAAAGACAGCCAUGGUCAGCAGGGCUUGUUGCAGGUUCUGAAGGCGUACACUCAGUUUCGGCCUGACGAGGGGUACUGCCAGGCACAGGGUCCUGUGGCAGCAGUGCUACUAAUGAACAUGCCCAUGGAGGAAGCGUUCUGGUGUUUGGUCCAGAUCAGUGAACUCUACCUCCCUGGCUACUACAGCCCUCUGCUGGAGGGAGUUUUGUUUGAUGCUGCAAUUCUCUUUAGCGUGCUAAAAAGGACAUGCCCGGCUGCAUACAAACACAUGCAGAGACAGGGGGUGGAGCCUCUCAUGUUUGCCACUGAUUGGCUGAUGUGCCUGUAUAGUCGCCACCUGCCCUUCAACACUUUACUCCGAGUCUGGGACCUCUUCUUCUGCAAUGGUGUACGUGUGCUGUUUCAGGUGGCCGUGGUCUUAGUGCGACGGUGCUUAGGGGAGGCUCGGCAACGGAAAGAGUGUGAGGGCCAGAUGGAAACGCUGGAGAGACUGCGGUCAGUUCGGGGGCGUGUCCAACAUGAACAAGCUGACGCCUUUAUUCAAGAGGUGUGUUCGGUGCCCCUGUCAUUGGCAGAUCUCCAGCGCCAGACUGAGAAGGAGUUAGAGAAAUGGAGGAAAGAGCACCCAGGCUCGACCUUUGACCCUCGAGAUCGUUGCCAUGGAUAUCAUAUGAUAUGGGAGAAAGGGAAGGAUAGGGAGACGGAGAAUGAAAAGAAGGCGAGUCAGAGCGGAAACCUGAGUGCUUCUCUGCUGCGUUCGCACUCAUCUCUCUCUCCCGCAAUACUUCGUAAAAAAUGGAGAAAGAGAGGAAGUAAAGCAGAGACUGAGGACUGGGAGGGACGAAGGCUCUCAAAACAAGACAGUGAUGAUGAAGAGAAAAGGAGGGCGAGCGUGUGCGGUGUAACCGGAGAGCUACGGGCGAAGACGCACAAGACCUCACAGGAGUUUAGUGCACACUUACAAAAAGACCGUAACACAAGUACAAACACACAGCGUAUAUCAGUUACGGAAACACUGCCGGGUUCUGAUUCGUCAGAUCACAAUGCCGAUGUGUUUGAGGAGGAGGAGGAGGAGGAAGAAAACGAUACAGCUGUCACUGCCAUCCCAUCACACACAGACAGUAGUGAACGUGAAGAAGAAACAAGGCUGCCUUCCAACCUGAAAGAAGAUGAUUUACAAACAGGUAACAGUCAACAGGAAAUAGAAAAACAGCACAGCACUGAGACAUGGCAAGAUGAACAAGAAAAGAAAGUACAGACUCCCAGAGACGACAAGGAGGAAGAAAUUUCAACGCAGCAAGACCAACAAGAGGCUGAAACACAAGAGGAAUCGCAACCUUCACAACUAGAGGAAGCGGACGAUGCAAGAAACAAACCUGAAGAGGAAACACAAGAAAACAGAAGUAAACAGGAAGAGGAAACUGAAAUUAAGUCCUGUAAACCUGAAGAGGAAGUACAGUUUAAUAUCAGCACACAAGAACAGGAAGUGAAUAUCACUCAACAGGAAGUGGGAAUGGAGGUAAAUACUGACACACAGGAACAGGAAAUACAUGUCUGUAUAACGUCAUGUGAACAGGAGCAGGAAAAUGAAAUGAACUGUAAACAGGAAGAGGAAAUGCAGAUGAGUAGUAGUAAACAAGAAGAGGAAAUAGGGACAAAUAGGCAAGAACAAGAAGACAUACAUCUGUGCAGCACUGAAGAGGAAGCAAUAUAUAACAGCAAUGAACAGGAAAAGGAAAUAAAGAUAAAGGGCAGUCAACAGGAAGUGGAAAUACAGGAAGAAAAGGAAAUAAAGGCAAGCAGCAGUGAACAGGAAGUGGAAAUACAGAUAGAAACGGAACUAAACGUAAGCAGCAGCGAACAGGAAGAGGAAAUACAGGAAGAAAAGGAAAUAAAGGCAAGCAACAGCGAACAGGAAGAGGAAAUACAGGAAGAAAAGGAAAUAAAGUCAAACAACAGCGAACAGGAAGAGGAAAUACAGGAAGAAAAGGAAAUAAAGGCAAGCAACAGCGAACAGGAAGAGGAAAUACAGGAAGAAAAGGAAAUAAAGGCAAGCAACAGCGAACAGGAAGAGGAAAUGCAGGAAGAAAAGGAAAUAAAGGCAUGCAACAGCGAACAGGAAGUGGAAAUACAGGAAGAAAACCCCCCAGCAAAUAGUGAUAAUGAAGAAGAGAAUCUUAAAACAUGUCUCAUGAAUGAAAAAGACCUGGCUAAAGAUGAGCAGCAGCAAAAGGAAGAUAGCGAACAAAACAAUGAAUUUGAACAAAGAUUGGAAACGGAAGAGGAAAUGCAUUCAAACGUACAAACUCUAGAAGAUCAUGAGGACACAGAGGAUCACACACCUUCUGUUCAAGAGGAAGAUCAUGUCAGAGGUGUCCGCUGUGAAAGCAGAAGUAAUACAGACGUAGAAAUGGCACAGCAAGGGCAGGAAGGUGAAACGGAGCAUUCAGAAGAGACGGAAAAGGAGGCACAGAUUAGUGAUGCACCACGGGAGGAAACGGAGAGAACCAUCAUGGAUGAAGAAAAGAGAAGUAGCAAUAAUCUCACAGCAGAUCCACAGGAAUCAGAAACAGCACCAUCUUCACCUUGCGUUCCACCAGCGACAGUGAUGGAGCAUUCUGGAGAAUCAGAGACACCACAGGACUCCAACAAGACCCAGGAUGAAAGCAUGGAGGUUCAGAAAAUCUCCACACCUGAGCAUGGAGAACCUGAAAGAACCAAUGGAUCUAGCAAUCCAGAGCCUCUACAACCAGACAACAAGGAAGAGGAAACGGGAAUAGAGAUAAAUAUUACAGCUGGCUCAAACCCACACCCUCAGCUCCGGCUUCGGAGGUCCUCCAGCUCCCACACCUCCUAUCCAACGAUCCUCUCUGAGGACACGUUCAGAGAGCCAGACCAAAGCAUCAAACAAGAGUCAAAGCCAGAAGAAUCAGACACCACACAGCCAACACGAACACAAAGCUCCAAACCCGAGGAUCCACAGAAACCACAAUCAAAGUCAGGCAAACCCAAACGCCGGGGUCUGUUUCACCGACUCCGGGCUGACACGCCUUCUAAAUCCACCAUCCCCAAGAUCGUCAUCCAGGACUUCAGUGAGGGAGAGGAGAAGCUGAGCUCAAAAGAGAGGAGGCGGCGGAGGAGGAUGCAGGAGAGGAAAGAAAAGGAGGAAGAGAAGGAGAGGAAGAAGCUCGAGAAAGAGCUGGAGAAGGAAAAGGGGAGGGAGAGGAAAAAGCCUCAGACGAGAGGGAAGAGUUUUCAGGUGCUCAGUAGAAAGCAUGACGACAACGAUGACGUUUUCUCUGGGAAGAGCGGCUCUCAGACGAUCGGACCUAAAAGAACCUCUUACUCUGAGAGCUACUUCUGACGGCAGUGUUUUGUUUUGUUUUUUUGCUAAAUGGACUGUAGUACAAGUCAUUCGUUUUGCAUCAGAGCAAAAUAAUCCAAGAAUAAACGAGGACAGCCCCAUCAUGAUACUGAAAAAAUGCUGUGUGCCAAAUAUUACUGAGUAAGAAGACUGUAACGAACAUUGGCCAUCAACGUUACCCAAAACUUGGAAACAAAUAAAGCUUCAAAUAAUGUUUAUCCCAAACCCCAACCUUGGGUUACGUGAACAGCAAAUAGAGCUGAUGGAAAUGUAAAUCAUAGCAUGUAAUAAUAAUAAUAAUAAUAAUAAUAAUAAUGCAAUAGUUUAACUUUCUGCUUUAUAGAGAAAUGCUUGUAAAACUCAUUCCUCUUUUCAAAGCAACUGUUAACAUCCAUGUAUAUACAUCUGAUCAUUAAAGCAAAAUAUGCUGA